AUGGUUAGUAGUCUGCCGCGUGUUGGUGAUCAAGAUGCUGUCCCUUCACUCCGCGCUAGCUUCCACCAAGCCCCUCCGAUCGCUGUGUCGACUCCCCUGCGCCAGGGCCGACCACACUCGCGCGCCGCCGGCCCUCUCCUGAGCUCGACCCGGAGCACCGUCGUCCAUCUGCGGAGCAACAUUGUUCGCCGUUAUCAAGGUCAGCGGUGCGAUUAUCACCGAGCACCUCCAAAAACCCUGUCCUUGGCCCUCGCUUUCCUGAACCAUGUCGGUCUUUACCCGAUUGUCAUCCACGGUGCUGGUCCGCAGCUCAACCGCACGAUACAAGCCGCCGGUGCCGAGCCCCAAUUUGAGAAUGGGAUCCGGGUCACGGAUGGCAAGACCCCCUUGGUCGAGGAGCCGGAGCGUAUGGGUGUCCAUGCUCGGCCGAUCACCGCCGGUGUGUUUUUGGCCGAUUAUCUGGACAAGCUCAAGUAUAACCUGGUGAGUACGAUCAAUGGCGUGAAGAAAAAGCCUAGUGAGUCGGCCAUUGCAGCUGGCUGCCUACCCAUCCUGACUUCCAUGGCCGAGACCCCCGAUGGCCAGGUGCUCAGUGUUAAUGCCAAUGUGGCUGGUGGUGAGCUAGCCGGCGCUUUGGAACCAUUGAAGAUCGUUUACCUCACUGAGAAGGAUGAUCUGUUCAAUGGUGAUACCGGCAAGAAUAUCUCCGCCAUCAAUCUUGACGAGGAGUAUGACCACCUGGUGACUCAAUGGUGGGUCCGUCACGGAACUCGCCUGAAGAUCAAGGAGAGCAAGAUGUUGCUGAGCGACCUACCGCGCUCGUCCAGCGUGGCCAUCAUCCACCCUGCUCGUAACACAACUGAUGCCAAGCGUAGAGGUCGGUCAACGAAUCUAUAG